AUGGAGAGCAAAGGAGUAGUUAGCCGAAGGAAGAAGAAAAUGGAACACAUGUCUUGCUAUUGUGGGACAGGGACAAAGAUGUUUACUUCGUGGAGAUAUCAAAAUCCCGGUAGGAGAUUCCUUCGCUGCAAGAAUCAUAAGCAAAGUGGAGGAUGUGGAUAUUUUGAAUGGUAUGACCCUUCCAUGUGUAACCAAUUAAAGAACAUCAUUCUUGACUUGCUAAGAAAAGAUGUUGGGGAUCUUGCUAAUUCUGACAUGGAUAGUGGUGUUGAUGAAUUGGAAGAACUCAGGCGUGAACAAGAACAAAUAGAGUAA